UGAUUAAAAGUGGGUGUCACCAGUACCUGGCAUCUGUGUUUAAUCUAGUGGCUUGUUCUGUUCUCUGAUCUUCACACAAAUUUUAUUAGGGUACACAAUUUAUCCCCAUAGUUCUGAGUGUGAGCUCCGGGCAAUUUGCAUGACAUCCUCUGUGCUUCACUUCAUUCAAAUAUAACAUGAAACACUGAUACCUACCUGAUACCAUUGCAAGAAGUAAACAACUUGAUGUUAUGCAGUGACCUGCACAGCAUGCAAAUGCCCAGUGCUUCUUGGCUGAGGAAUGUCACAUCACCAAUCCUCCAGGCACAGCCCUGCAGGCUCAUCUCCCGGGAAGAAGCUAGGCUUACCUCACACAGCUUACUUCUGUUACUGAAGUAAAUGGCAGGUGGAACAGGUGUCCUCUUUCCCUCCUCUUGCUUUCUUCUCUUUUAUUGACAGGGGCACAUGGGCUUAGUUUCCCAUUGUUGUUAAGUGCCACCGUUGCUAUGGCAGCAUUUGUAAACAUUCUCUUUAGGAACCUUGGGGCAAAGCACUGAGAGACUGCUAAGGCUUCCCUAGCUACCUCUGCUACUGCUUCAAACAAGAAUCUGCUUGUUUAGGCAAAAAUGAAUAACAAAAAAAAGCCCCCAGCCCCGAAGGGGAAGAUUGUGGAGAAAGCUAGCACAGCCAAGACAAAAAAACCGGACGUUCCAGAUCCCAAGAAUGUUGCUACAGCGUCAAAAGACAGUAAGACCGUGGCAGACCCAAAGAAGCCUGGGACAGAGCAGAAAGAGAAAAAGACUGUGACUAUCAUUACAGAUCCGCAGGAGAAAAAGAGUGUGGCCGAGCCCAAAGAAAAGAAGACCGUGACGAUCUCAGAUCCCAAAGACAAGGCGAAAGACAAGAGGAUGGUGACAUUUGUGACGGACCUAAAAGACAAGAGGAUUGUGACAGACACAAGAGAAAACAAGAUUAUGUCAAUAGAGACGAAAGAAAAGGUGGUUGUGCCCGUCGUGCCCGAAGUAAAAGAAAAGAAGGUUGCGCCGCCGGUGGAACCGAAAGAGAGCCCAAAGGUGGUUGUGCCCGUCGUGCCCGUCGUGCCCGUCGUGCCAGUUGUUGCCCCCGUUGUGCCCGUUGCCGCGCCAGUUGUGCCCGUCGUGCCAGUUGUGCCCGUCGUGCCAGUUGCGCCCGUUGUGCCCGUCGUGCCCGCUGUGCCAGAAGUAAAAGAGAAGAUCUCGGUGCCAAAGGUGAAGGAGAAGAAGGAAGUGCCACCUGUGCCCGAGCUAAAGAAACACAAAGCUUCGCACGCCGUACCGGAGACAAAAAAGAAGAAGGCUGUGCCCGAGGCCAAAGAGAAGGCACCCCCGGCCGAAGUGAAAGAGAAGAAAGUUGUGCCAGAGGUCAAAGAGAAAAGGCUUGUCAUAGUAGAACAAGUAGACGACGAGACGAGCGAGCUAGCUCGGACUAUAGCUGAGAACGUCGUGGCUGCAGCUGUCGAAUUCGUAGAAGAAGCUAGAAACCCCAUCAAGAACAUCAAGUGGAUCUCUCACGGGGAAUUCACGGUAGAAAAGGGUCGGAAGCAAAUUGAGGAGUUUAUUUCAGUUUCUCUAAAUCCAUCGAAAAAGACUUCGGGGCUUCAAAAUCGCUGGGUGUACUAUGCAGAUUUUAUUGAGAAGAAAGACUUAGUUCAUUCCUUCCACUAUAUCUACCGUGUGUGCUGGAGUGCCCCCACGGCUGUAAGACCCUUGGCAAGAGUCAGUGCUUUCGCUUACUUUACCAUCAAGUUCAACAAGAGCAAACCUCCGGAUAUGCCUGUUGAAGUCUCUUAUGUCUUUGAGAAUUCAGGACUAAUUCAAAGACCAGGAAGUAUUCGAUUUCGAGAACAAUGGCUGAGGGACAUCACUGAAACCAAACAAAUUUUGUUGGAGUCGAUCCCUUUUAAAGUUGUCUGAUUCUUGUGUCACAUUUGAGGACUCCUUUAACAAUCAAUAUAUUAAAAAUAUGAAACAGCACAUCAAACCACAUAAUAUUUAUUGAAUAAUAAACUUGUAGUACACAA